AUGCUAUACAUUCUGCAUCGGUCUGGAAAGAUACAUCUAACAUUUGUAGCGUUUGCAGCAAGCGUUGGGUGGAAAGCUCAUACCAAAUAUUCAUUAACGAAGUCUAGCCAUGAUGAUGGUGAUGAUGAUGAUGAUGAUGAUGAUGAUGAUGAUGAUGAUAUGCAUGACAAAUAG